UUUGGGCACCCAGGUCAGUAUCCAGGGAACAGUUGCCUAAAACACUGCCACCUAAGUGGACCUGAGGUGGUCACUGUUACAUUUGGUACCGGGCAAGAAAGGGAACAAUGAAAAUAUUUUCAUUGACUUUCGUCUUGGCAACAUUAUUUUUCUUCACUAAAGCCCGGGUAUUGUACGACUUUGAAGACUGGUUUGAAGAGAGUGAUUUUGACAGUAAUUCAGAUGACGCACCUGAGUUAGGAAAUGCAUGGGAAAAGAGUGGAGAGUUUGAAGGUGAUAUAAUAGUAGGUGCAGAUGACAGCAUAAGAAACGGUCUUGUGAGUGAUACAUUUUACUGGCCGAACAAGACCCUUGUCUACAAAAUAGACAGUGAUACCUUUGAUGCUGAUCAGAUUGACCUCAUAAACCAAGCAAUUGAAGAAUUUCACAAGAGGACAUGCAUAAGCAUGCGAGAAAAACAAACUUAUGAAUUGGAUUACGUGUUUAUUACGGGUAAGGGAGCACAUGGAUGUUCAUCCCAUGUUGGGCGGCAGGGUGGGAAGCAGCCCUUAUUUUUGAAGCCCAAUAAGCCAGGCAAGGGAUGCCUGAAAAAGGGAACUGUUGUUCAUGAGCUCCUACAUGCAUUGGGAUUCUAUCACCAACAGAGUGCUCCAGAACGAGAUCAAUACGUCAAAAUUCUUUGGGAUAACAUUGAACCAGGCAGAGAACAUAAUUUCAAGAAGUAUGAGAAAGAGACAGUGACAAAUUUCAAUGUGACCUAUGACUAUCACAGUAUUAUGCACUACAGUGCCUAUGCUUUUUCUCACAAUGAAGAAAAGACAAUAGUCCCACUGGAGGAGGGAAUAAGGAUUGGACAAAGAAAGACAUUGAGCAAAAAGGAUGUAAUAAAGCUUCACCAGAUGUACAACUGCAAGAUUGAAAAUACUGAGAAACCAGAAGAAAUAACUUUUGGUAGUGCUCUAGGCCCUAACAAGGAUACCGAUGACACAGAUGAUUUUGAAACAAUAAUAGAUUGAUAUUGUACUUGGGUUUUGAAACGAGCACUGCGUAUGUAAUAACUGAACCAAAUGCACAAGAUCUGAGUGUGAACACAUUCAACCU